CCGAGCACGACCUUUCCCCGCGUCCGUCCAACAGCCACCUCACGCCGGCAACACUUUGGCGGGACGGCGCCUCACACCCGGUGCUCGGUGGAUCAAAUUGCGGGACGUCAUUGGACUUUUUUCUUUGAAAGCUCCCCAAUGAGGAGCGGGGGGGAGGAAAGUGGGAGGCCCGUCAGCUGUUUGGUGCUGGGAUGUUGAAUCUGCACUGAAGACACAUCAGCGUGUCAGCACCGCCAUGCCUUCUUGGACGGCCAGCCUGAUGAUCUGGGCGGCACUGCGGGCUGUGGGCGUGGGACACCCGGCAGGGAGUUCCACCGUUCAACCCAGACCCACCGCAAAGCAGAAACCAUACGGGACCACGGUCCCUCUUCAGCUCUCCGGGAAAGACUGGAAACCAAUCCACCAGCUUCAGUCCCAGACUCACCCUCCGUCAUUGAAGCUGCUGAUUGAGGCGGAAGGUGAGCGGCUGCUGUUGGCCGUGGACAAAAACGAGGGCCUGUUUGCAAGUAACUAUAAAGAAACCCAUUACCUGGACGAUGGCACCGCAGUCACAGGCUCGCACAAUUCUAUGGCAAACUGCUACUACCACGGCAAGGUGGAGCGUCACACCAACUCGGAUGUCAGCCUCAGCACCUGCACCGGAGUGAAGGCUUUCAUAUCUCUGGAUGGCAGAUCUUACGUGCUCGAACCGUCGGCCCACCACGCAGAUGGAACUCACUGGAUCUACACCGCUGACCGCCUCGGCUUGGCCCCCGGCACCUGCGGCCACGGCUUGAACACGUCCUCCCCAGGAGCACCGCCAGGUGGCGGCCCGUUGGGGGCCUUCAUCACCAGGCACAAGCGCCACGCCCAGACGUCCAUGACCAAGUACGUGGAGCUGAUCAUCGUGGCCGACAACAGAGAGUUUCAGAAGCAAGGCAAGGACGUGGAGAAGGUCAAGCAGCGUCUGGCCGAGAUCGCCAAUUACGUGGACAAGUUCUACAGGGCCCUGAACAUCCGUGUGGCUCUGGUGGGCCUGGAGGUGUGGAGCGACGUGGACAAGUGUCCCAUCACCCAGGACCCCUUCACCACCCUGCACGAGUUCCUGGACUGGAGGAAAGUCAAGCUGCUGCCUCAGAAGCCGCAUGACAACGCUCAGCUCGUCAGCGGGGUCUACUUCCAGGGUACCACCAUCGGCAUGGCGCCCAUCAUGAGCAUGUGCACCGCCGAGCAGUCUGGAGGAAUCGUCAUGGAUCAUUCGGACAACCCUUUGGGCGCCGCCGUCACGCUAGCACACGAGCUGGGCCACAACUUCGGGAUGAACCACGACACGCCAGAGAGAGGGUGCGGCUGUAGGGUGACGGUGGACCGCGGCGGCUGUAUCAUGACUCCCUCCACCGGGUACCCGUUCCCCACCGUGUUCAGCAGCUGCAGCAAGAAGGACCUGACGGCCAGCUUCGACAAGGGCGUGGGCAUGUGUCUCUUCAACAUGCCUGAGGUCAAGGUCCUCUAUGGCGGCCAGAAGUGCGGCAACGGCUACAUGGAGGAAGGAGAGGAAUGCGACUGCGGAGAGCUGGAGGAGUGCAUGAAUCCAUGCUGCAACGCCAGCACCUGCACCCUGAAGGGCGACGCCGUGUGCGCCCACGGCCAGUGCUGCCACGACUGCCAGGUAUUUUUAGAACGGCCGCUAAAAGCAGUCCAGCUUUGCCAACGGCCUCAAUUUCAAUUGCAGCUGAAGCCGUCGGGAACUCCAUGCCGAGAGUCCGGCAACUCCUGCGACCUCCCCGAGUUCUGCACAGGCGUCGGCCCCCACUGCCCCCCCAACGUCUACCUGCAUGACGGCCACGCCUGCCACAGCGUGGACGGGUACUGCUACAACGGCGUAUGCCAGACGCACGAGCAGCAGUGCGUGACGCUGUGGGGACAAGGGGCCAAGGCUGCUCCGGGGAUCUGCUUUGAAAGGGUCAAUUCGGCGGGGGACCCCUACGGGAACUGCGGCAAGGACGCCAAAGACUCCUUCGCCAAAUGCGACGCACGGGACGCCAUGUGUGGUAAAAUCCAGUGCCAAGGAGGAGCCAGUCGCCCGGUCAUCGGCACCAAUGCCGUUUCCAUAGAAACCAACAUCCCCUUACAGGAAGGGGGGAAGAUCCUGUGCCGCGGCACACACGUCUACCUCGGCGACGACAUGCCCGAUCCCGGCCUGGUCCUGACCGGCACCAAGUGCGGCAACGGGAUGAUGUGCCUGAACCGCCAGUGCCAGAACAUCAGCGUGUUCGGCGUCCACAAGUGUGCCGCCAAGUGCAACGGUCGAGGGGUGUGCAACAACAAUAAGAACUGUCACUGCGAGGCCCACUGGGCGCCCCCCUUCUGCGACAAGUCCGGCUUCGGGGGCAGCGUGGACAGCGGUCCCGUCAGGCUGGCAGCAGAUGGCCUCGGCGUGACGGCGGGCGUCCUGGCGGUGCUGCUCACGCUCCUCGGAGGCAGCGUGUUGGCGUGCGUGAAGAGGAAAACCCUCCGAGGAAUGCUGUCCACCGUCAAGAAGGAUCCCACAGACAAGAUCAGAUCCGUGAGCGCCACAAUUAGCGGAUCCUCCGCCCCCAGCCGGCCUCAGCUACGGAGCACGGCGUCCCCAUCUUCUCCGGGCCCGGCUGUUCCUCACAGUGCCGCCGUCCUUAAGCCUCCUCCUCAUCGAGGCUCGGGGGCGGAGCUCCCACCGCCGCCGCCCUACCCCUCCCGCAGCCUGCGCAGGUUGCCCCAGUGCCCGCCGGCCCACCUGCACCAGCCCCUUUCCCUCACCGUGUCCCUCGCCACGCGGCAUCAGCCCAGGCCUCCCGCCCCGCCGCCGCCGCCUCACAAGGGCCACCUUCCUCACAUUCACGUCACACCCGCAGCGGCGGCCAUGGCUUGCCGCGGCGCUCCACGCCAUAACGCCUGCAGGAUGGUGACGGAACUGGAGCGUCCCAGUCCCCCUCAGAAGCCCCUCCCCGCCGACCCCAGGCCCCCAUCCCACCUGCUGCAGGCCCCCACCCCAGCAUCAACAUCCGGCUCACUCAGACCCGAAAGAAGCGGCGCCAAGCAGCCUGCAACGCUACCAAAGCCUUGCAUCAUUGCCAGCGUCAAAUACAGCAGAUGAGACGUGAUGAUGAUGAUGAUGAUGAAGAAAAUACUCAACGUUUGCACUAUGACGACCACCCCGCCCCCGUCCCCGUUCAAUCCUCCUAUGGUGCUACAAGUUCAGGUACAUGAAAAUGAAGUAUUUAUAUGAGUCCCUAUUUAUUUGCCACGUGGAGCACUGUGCCUGACACUUUUGAUACACCUUUAAGAGCCAACUUGGACUUCGUUCAUCUCAUCAACGCCACCAUUAGGAAUAUCACUCCUAGUAUUAUUAGUCACCAAUCUGGGAAUCGAACCAAGGGAAUGUCAAAAGGUGUCCAGAGCAAGGGCCCUUUUCAUUUUGUAGGAUAAUGACAGUAGUUUGAAGGGUCACAGACGUCAUAUUUGGUACAACAGUGGUUCUCAAACGUUUUUCCAGUCCCACCUCCAAAAUACUGUGCCAUGCAAUUCCAUAGUUUCCUCCUCGCUACCUCACGGUUUAACUUGUGGCUUGGACACGCGGGCUUGUGAGGUGGGUUAGUAUUUGCACAGUUGUUUCAUAUGUAUGUUCCUGUUUUUUGUAGUUUGUUUUUUUUAAGGAAAACUGCUCUUUUGGGGAAUUCUGUCCAUUCACAAUCCUUAUGGGAAACAUGAACACGCGUCUUUCUCUUUUCUGUGUCUUCUGAAGAUACAAAAACAGCUUGCAAGAACCCGCUGUUAAAACCUACCACCAAAAACCUCUAAUAAGCUUUCUGGAUCUUCCAGAAUCUGCACCUAUUCCGGAUGUAUUUCCUUGGCUUUCCAGAAUGGUCUGUUUUAAGCUGUGAUUGGUCACACUCCCAAAUUCCCAAGCGGAGUGAGUCCUGAGGACUUCUGGACUACUGCCGAACCCCACAUUCUAAUUUUGGUCAUCGGUGGGGGGUGGGAUUUAGGUUUUAUAGGUGGAACGUGUGCUUGGAACGAACAGAAUCGAGAAAUAAAUGUGUGUUCAUGUCUAACAUCAGGAUUAUGGAUGGGCAAAAUUCCAAUAAAAGUGCACUUUUUCUUUCAAAUGUAACAAUCUGAAGCCCAUGUACCUCUCGUGGUACUUGCACCCUAGUUUGGAAACCAAUGAUGUAUACCCCGGGUUCCCAAAGUGGGGUGCAUGUAGCCCUAGGGGUACACAGAUUGCUGUUGGGCAGUGAUUCCCAAACUUUUUACAGUCGCGUACCCAUUCAGACAUUUUAAUCUUAACCUGAAAUAAUGAACAUAAUUAAGUACAAAAAUACAUACAACCAACAAUAAAACCUCCACUCACAAUGACAGGUUUUUAGAUGAAAUCUCCAAAUUGUCCAUAGGUAUGAAUGUGAGUGUGAAUGGUUGUUUGUCUAUAUGUGCCCUGGGAUUGGCUGGCCACCAGUCCAGGGUGUACCCCACCCGAAAAAAGCUGGGAUAGGCUCCAGCACGCCCGCUACCCUCGCGAGGGUAUGUGUAACAUUGUGCUCAUUAUUUCCAUGUUGUCACAAUACUUCAAUACUUCAAUACUUCCAAGGCAUCCAAAUAAAUGAAAGGCUAAGCCACUGUGAGGUUUGGGAACCACUGCUGUACACCUUUUUAUAGCAUUUCUUAAGAACUGCUUUUAAGCAUGAAUUAUGAAUGAUGACAAUAAUCUGCCGUCUCUCUGUAGGCACGACGCUGCCCUCUGCAGGUCAAAUGUUGUGCAAUUCAAACACAAAAGACGAAAACUUGAAGCCGGCAAAAGACUGCUCUGCUUAUACUGCAAUAGUGACAUGAAGUAUUCUUUGUGUUUUGUCACGUUGUCACGUUGGUGGCAUCACGCAUCACACGAGCGAGAAGAAAAAUGAAUUUUUAUGACCUUUUGAUACACUUAUCUUUUGUGAUGCACUACUUUGAAUCAUUUUUUUAUGUGUUUUGUUCUUUCAAAACAAAACAAAAUUGUGUGUGUGCGUGUGUUGAUGUGUGUUGUCAAUGUAUGUUGUGUUACAGGUGAACACAUUGUAUUUUCCUU